AUGGAGUCAGAUAUCAAAGAUAAUAAAGAAGCACUGUACAAAGAAUUAGCCGAGGAUUUGGAAGAACAACAAACUGCCAUAGAGGAAAAGAUGAUCGUCACUAGCCGUUUGAUGUCACUAAUGGACAAUAGAAUACAAAAUUUUGAAGAGCACCAAAAUUACCUGAACACUUUUAAUCCAACUUUACUUGAUACAAAGGACGUUCAACUAAAUUCAACUUUGGGAUUCAUCAAAGUUGGUUUGGCUACGGUAAAAGAAGAAAAAGAUAAGAUGUCCAAAGAUUUGGAGUUUGAUAGAGCGUGGUAUGAAGGAAACAAGAUGUUAAUCUCUUUUGUUAAGCACGGAGCGGUUUAUUCUGCCGCGAGUUUAGAGAUGGAUAUAAAAUCCGACAAGCAGAACAUGCUCAAAGAGCUGGCCGAAGCUUUGGAACAACAGCAAACUGCAAUAGAGGAAAAAAUGAAAAUCAACAAUUAUCUGAUUUCACUGAUGGACAAUAGAAUUCAAAAUUUCAGAAAACACCAGGCAUAUCUGAACAGUAUUGAUUCAAGCUUACUCGGUCCAAACAACGUUGAGCUAGAAUCAGACCUUAGGUAUAUUGAAGGUGCAUUAAACAUUAUUGAUAAAGAAAAAAGUAAGAUGCUAGAACAGUUGAUGUUGGACGAGGCAUGGUAUGAAGAAAACAAACAUUUGAUCGCAUUUGCGAAACAUGGCAGCGAAAUGUUGAGUAUAGUUGCCACAAGCAAUAGACUGCAAAAGAACAGAAUUCCAUUUUUGAGCAACCUCAUACACUUGUAUUCAUUAUAUGAACUGAGUUUGGCUUAG